AUGCCUCGUGCUCCAAGAACUUACUCUAAGACUUACUCUGUUCCAAAACAACCAUAUGAAUCAGCCCGUUUAGAUUCUGAAUUGAAAUUGGCUGGUGAAUACGGUUUAAAAAACAAGAGAGAAAUUUACAGAAUUGGUUUCCAAUUAUCUAAAAUUAGAAGAGCUGCUCGUGAUUUAUUAACCAGAGAUGAAAAAGAUCCAAAAAGAUUAUUCGAAGGUAAUGCUUUAAUUAGAAGAUUAGUUAGAGUUGGUGUCUUAUCUGAAGAUAAAUUGAAAUUAGAUUAUGUUUUAGCUUUAAGAAUCGAAGAUUUCUUGGAAAGAAGAUUACAAACCCAAGUUUUCAAAUUAGGUUUAGCUAGAUCUAUCCACCACGCUAGAGUCUUAAUCACCCAAAGACACAUUGCUGUUGGUAAACAAAUUGUCAACAUUCCAUCUUUCAUGGUUAGAUUAGACUCUCAAAAACACAUUGACUUUGCUCAAAGCUCUCCAUACGGUGGUGGUAGAGCUGGUAGAGUUAAGAGAAGAAACCAAGCCAGAAAAUCUGAAGGUGGUGAAGAUGCUGAAGAAGAAGAAUAAAUUAGUUAGUUUAUAAUUAAUUAAAUCAUUUCAUAAUUCUUGUAUUUCUACUUUAAUAAACCUUUGGUUUACCUUUUCCAAUCUACUCAUCUUUCAU